AUGUCCGCCCCCACUGCGCUGCAGCGGGCCCUCCUCACGGCCGCCAAUGUCCUGAUCCCCGUUGCUGUGCUAACCUUCGCCGUCGGCUUCUUCCCCUACAAGCCCUUUCUCCCCGGUCUUGCUGAAUAUGGCCCUUCGGUCUACGGCUCUCCGCCCGACGCCCCCUUCGAUAAAGUUGUCUUCAUGGUUGUGGAUGCGCUCAGAAGUGAUUUCGUCUUCUCCAAUGCCUCUGGCUUUGCAUUUACCCAAAGCUUGAUCUCCUCUGGCGCCGCUCUGCCCUUCACUGCCCAUGCCACGUCCCCCACUAUCACCAUGCCCCGUGUAAAGGCAAUCACCACUGGCUCCAUCCCCUCCUUCCUAGACGUGAUUCUCAACUUCGCCGAGUCCGAUACCACAUCUACUCUGGCGUCCCAAGACACAUGGCUGGCCCAAUUGAAGGCCAAGAAAGGAGGGAAACUCGUCAUGUACGGGGACGACACCUGGCUGAAGCUGUUCCCGGAGACCUUCGAACGUGCCGAUGGUACUUCGAGCUUCUUUGUUUCGGAUUUCACCGAAGUGGACAACAACGUGACGAGACAUGUCCCCGGUGAGCUUCGCAACAGUGACUGGAAUGCCAUGAUCAUGCACUAUCUUGGUCUUGACCACAUCGGCCACAAGGCUGGGCCUUCGAGCCCGAACAUGGUUCCGAAGCAGAUCGAGAUGGACGGAAUCGUAGAACAAAUCUACGACGCCAUGGAGACUCAACCCCACCUUCAGUCAACCCUUUUGGUUCUGUGCGGUGACCAUGGCAUGAACGACGGCGGCAAUCACGGCGGGUCGGCUCCGGGAGAAACAUCUCCUGCUCUCGUCUUCAUGUCUCCCAAGCUAAAAGAGAUCUCGAAAGGCCUACCUUGCCCGGUAGCUCCGUCCCGUGACUUCGACUAUUAUGAGAAGAUCGAACAGUCCGACAUUGCCCCAACGCUUGCCGGCCUGCUUGGAUUCCCUGUGCCGUUGAACAACCUGGGAGUUUUCAUCCCUCACUUCCUACAAAUGUGGCCAAGGGGAGAUGACCAAGCCCAACUUCUCUUGAGAAACGCGUAUCAGAUUUUGCAAAUCGCUGAAGCCACGUUCCCCAAUUCUCCGUUCCAGGAUCUGUCGUUUCUUGCCAAGUGCGACUUCGCCAGUUCAGCUGGCGACGAACUAGCCUGCAAAUGGCUCAAAGUGAAAGAUAGCCUCGAGAAUGGCGUCAACAAGCCUCCGAAGGCCGAGCUCAUUAUUGAUCAAACACUUGAGUUCUGUCAAGCUGCUCAAGAGGUGCUGAGUAGCACUGCCAGCAACUACAAUGUCACUCUCCUCAUCAUCGGUGCUGUCUUGGCCACGAUCAGCAUGGCUUUUGCUAUCACGGUCAUCUCCUCAAGUCUCUUCCCGACAUCAGCCGCCGGCGUCUACUUUGCCUUGUUGACCGCCUUGUACGGAAUCAUGAUGUUUGCGAGCAGCUACGUGGAAGAAGAGCAACACUUCUGGUAUUGGGCGACGUCAGCGUGGUUUGCUCUCUUGUUCGUUCUCAAGUCGCGCAAGACCAACGUCCCCCGUAACGUUCUCCCGGUUGCAGCCUUGUUGCUGUGCCAUCGGAUUGCUCGUCGCUGGAACCAGACAGGUCAAAAGUACGCUGGUGCUCCUGAUAUUGUGCACAGCGUAAUCAUGACACACCCUGUUGUACUGUGGUCGCUGGUCAGCAUAACAUACAUCCAUCUCACGAUGCGGAUCAAGACGCACCUCACCCGCCGCUUCCCGAGGACUAGCCAGGGCAAGCAGCUUCAGACCUUCGCAGUCGGCAAUGCAUUCCUGUUAUGUGCUGUGGCUUUCUUGUUCAAGCUCAGCUUCACCGCCCGAGACGCGCCGGAGCUUGUGCGCGGCGCCAGCCCGGGCGCGAUGGCAUUCUUGGAAAGCUUGAACCUCGUCAAGUUGGUCCGGUGCAUCUUCAUCGGUUCCACCGUCGGCGUCGGAUGGGUAGUCUUGCGAGAAAACGCAGAAGGCAAGGGGAAGUCUGGCGGCCUGAUUGUAGACGCGCUGCACGACUUCCUCGCCCUCAUACUCCUCACCCAAACGCGCGCCUCCAACAUCCCGCUCUUCCUCCUGUUCCGGCUGCAACAGCACUACCUCGCAGAGCUCAACCCCAGCCCGACGGAGCACACGCUCACAGGCCUGCUCCUCGCCCACACAUCCUUCUUCGCGCUCGGCAACUCCAACGCCAUCUCCAGCAUCGACCUGUCCAACGCCUACAACGGCGUCUCGGGCUACAACAUCGUCGGCGUCGGCGUCCUGCUCUUCGUCGCAAACUGGGCGGGGCCCAUCUACUGGACGUCGGCCUCGGUCCUGGGCCUCCUCGACGCCGCGCGCUGGAGCCGCGGCAGCAAGGCGCUGCGCCGCGUCAUGCGGGAGAAGGAGAGGGAGAAGUGGAAGGAGGUGCAGCGCCGCGACGACGCGGCGGCGGCCGGGGGCAAGGUUGUCGCCGCCGUCUCCGAGCCCGGUCACCUCCCGCGGCUGAAGAGCGCCGUCGAGGGCGUCGGCGCGGUCGAGGAGGUCGAGGGCAUGUGGUUCAGGCAUUUUGCUCGCUUGACGGUCUGGGUCGCGGCCGGGGUCGUGGCCGUCAUGGUGGCGUGCGCGGUGUUGAGGACGCAUCUGUUUAUCUGGACGGUGUUUAGUCCGAAGUACUUGUAUGCGAUGGCUUGGGCGGUGGGGUUCCAUUUGGUGGUUAGUGGGGCGUUUGGGUGGACGGUUUGGCGGGUCGGUAGCCACGGCAUGGUCAUCCAAGCAUCGUCGGCCCGGGCAACGUCCCCGAUCGGGCCAAUGUUUGGGACUGGAUACCUAUCCCCGUCGACUGCGAGUACGCCAAAACUUGUUACCAAUACAAGCAACUCGGCGAUCACAUUGCUCCUGCUCCUCAAGAUUGUUCGCGUUCUCGCUGCGAGUUCAUGCCAGGAUAUGGUUGGCACAACGGCAUCGGCAGCUGCAACUGCGUUUGUUUCUGAAGAGUGCAGGGCAUCACUACGAGAAGCUCUGGUGGGCAUGACCGCCCCUCUCUCUGAUCAGUGUCAAUAUCACACCAAGAGGAAGCCCUUCCAAGCUCCCGACGGUCCCUCCAACGAGCCACUGAAGUACAGUCGCAGUAUCCUCAAGAUGCACUUCAAGACGGCUUUUGUCCUCACUCUCGGCAUGGUCAUCGGCCUCGCUGCCGGCGCUCCCGCUGAGGAGGCCGCCACCAAGACCACCACUGAGGCCAACGUCCCCAACAAGGUGGCUGCCGCUCCCGAGCACACGUGCACCAUCUUUGACUGGCUUGGCUGGAUCGACGAGGCGUGCAACUACAACGACGCUACUGGCAUGCACAUGGGCGCCCACGAGACAUGUGCCACGUACUGCGCUGAGAUGGGCGACCACGCUCCGGACUGUUAUGAUGCUCGCUGCAAGCAGAGGCCUGGUCACUACGGCAGCGACGGCCAGUGCUACUGUCCUUGCGGCUCGCGUAUCGUCUGCUGGUAG